UUGUAAUCACCAGCAGUUGAGUCUGAAGUCCAGUGCGAGAUGGCAGGCCUGACAGUAAGGGUAGUCCGAUGUAUCAUCCCAAAAUUUGCUUUCACUAAUCACACGUCGUGUUUGACAGUGCCAAGCUUUCGUUACAAAUUUAAUAGAAGCCAUGAUCAGAAGAACAGGUUUUCAUCAUCGGUACCAAAGACACAGAAAGAAACAGUUACCAUAAACUUCAUUGGGAGAGAAGGAAAUCGCAUCCAAACCCAGGCUAAAGUUGGUGACAAUCUCUUGGAUGUUAUUAUAGAGAAUGAUAUUGACAUUGAUGGCUUUGGUGCCUGUGAGGGAACCCUGGCGUGCUCAACCUGUCACCUCAUCUUUAAGAAAGCAGAUUACGACAAGCUGCCAGAGAAACCCACUGAUGAGGAGCUUGAUAUGCUGGACUUGGCAUACGGCUUGUCGGACACAUCGCGACUUGGGUGUCAAGUACUUGUCUCAAAGGACAUGGAUGGACUAGAAGUGGAGGUGCCAACAGAGGUGUCAGAUGCAAGAGGUCCAUCCUAGGCGUGACCGUGUUUCCCACCGCCCAUCGGCUGGUAAUAGGAUGCAGUUGGAAGAUCGCAAUACAUAAUUUUAAGUGUUAUCAAAUCUCAUUCAAAAUCUGAAGUAAUAUUUAUCUUGAUGUGAGUAUUCAGUGAUGAGUGAUUCACUGAAUCAGUAACAAUUUGUGUUUAUUAGCAUGAUGAAAACAGAUGGUAUAGGUAGUGUUUGCCUGCUGUGUGGGAGAAUACAAGGACAGCCACUGGUCUUCAUGCUGCCACUAUCGGUAGAUCAAUAUUCUCAAUCUCAUGUAUGGCUCAAACAGAGUUUGUUAACUGUCAUCCUUGGUUAGUUUCUUACUUGGACCUGCUGGCUACAGGGAUCACAGAGAAUGUUUGUGAUGGAACACACUCAAUCAGAGUGUAUCAUUAAACACUUGACAGGA